CUUGUGCGGAGCGUCAUGGGAGAUGUAGGACUGCUGGUCUUCUUUCCAGGUCUCAUCGGGGUACAACAUGGCGGAUUGUACAAGGUUAUUGUUACCAUGAUUGACAAAUUGAGAACCUGAAGUUCUCUGUAGACAUCAUCAUAGCCAAUUGCUUGUGGAAUCACUUGAGAUCAACAAGUAGAGAAGAUGCUGAAUGAAACCUCAGAGGACUACAUGACUGGAGAGGGACAAAUGGAGUUUGAUGAAGUUGCUAUUUAUUUCUCCAAGGAGGAGUGGUGCUGCUUGAACGAAGAACAGAAACAGCUUUAUAGGGAUGUGAUGAUGGAGAACUAUUAUAUCCUUAAGUCUUUAGGUAUUGUUCAUGUGAAACCUUCACUUGUCUCAAGGAUUGAGCAGGGGGAGGAGCCGUAUGUGUGUGGAUGUCAUAUCAUUACUCAGGAGGAGGAAUUUCUGAUAAAUGAUAGAGCAGAUGGAUCCCUUUACUGGAAUAUUUCUGAAAGUCAAGAGGAUGCAAUCACCUGGUUCAAAGUAUGUAACAAAGUCUCUGAAUCCGAUUUGAACUGUGCUGAAAUAGAGCAUAAUAACAGUGACUGCAGUAUUCAAGGAUAUAAAGACAUCUUUCACACAAAACAGAACAUGUUUAAAUGCUUAGAUCAUUUUGGAAUCCAUGAUAAGACAUCACAACUAGUACCAUCAACAUGCUCGGCAUAUGAGGACCUGUUUGCUCCAAGAGUAAAUCAUUUUCAACCUGAGAUAAAUGAUGCAAAAGUGAGAUUAUUGCCAUGCCCAGAAUGCGGGAAAUGUUUUACCCACUUAUCAAAUCUCAUUGCACAUCAGAAGACUCAUAGUAUAAAGAAACCAUUUUCUUGUUCUGAAUGUGGAAAAUGUUUUACCUGGCAAUCAAAUCUUAUUAAUCAUCAGAAAAUCCAUAAAGGAGAGAGACCGUUUUUAUGUUCUGAAUGUGGUAAAUGUUUUACCUGGCAGUCAAGCCUUAUUAUACAUCAGAAAAUUCAUGCAGGGGUGAAACCAUUUUCAUGUAUUGAAUGUGGGAAAAGUUUUACCUGCCAAUCAAAUCUUGCAACACAUCAGAAAAUUCACAAAGGAGAGAAACCAUUUUUAUGUCCUGAUUGUGGAAAAUGUUUUACAUGGCAAACAAGCCUUAUUAGACAUCAGAAAAUUCAUACAGGAGAGAAACCUUUUACCUGUUCUACAUGUGGUAAAUGUUUUAAUCGACAGUCAAAUCUUAUUACGCAUCAGAAUAUUCAUACAGGAGAGAAAACUUAUUCGUGUACUGUAUGUGGGAAAGGUUUUGCCUCCCAAUCAAGCCUUAUUAAACAUGAAAAAGUUCAUACAGGAGAAAAACCAUAUUCCUGUUCUGAUUGUGGGAAGUGUUUUACCCAGCAAUCAAGCCUUGGUAAGCAUCGGAAAAUCCAUACAGGAGUUAAACCAUUUUCAUGUUCAGAUUGCCGAAAAAGUUUUAUUCAACGAUCAGACCUUCUAAGACAUGAAAAAACUCACCUUAAUUAUAUGAAAUGUUUUGUUCUACAAUAAGCUUGAUAUUCUGAAUAUCAAAACGUUUUCUUUAGCAAUUAAAUCUUCACAGAAAAUGAAUACAGGGGAAAUUUUGGUCUUCAUAGUUUGAGUAUAAGAAAUGAAUACAAGUGACUUUUUUUUUUUUACUGGCAAAUUAAUAUUUGUUGUUUCUUUAUUGGAUGUGAGCUCAUCUUUCAGGCAGGAAAAUGAACUUUUAAACAAGUAAAAAGGAGCGGACAAAAUAGACAGAAUCUAUUUUAAAAAUAUGUCAACUCUUUAUCCUCCCAAUACCAAAGUUUGGUACAUAAGUGUGAGAUCUCAACCAAUGUAAUAUUCCUGUUUUAUAUUUAAACCACAGGUAGAAGAAAAAUUCAGAAUAAAGAAACUGAAAAGAAAAUGAAAUAAUUAAAUAACAUAAAGGUGUCAUUAACUUCACCUGUUAGAUUCAGAUUCAAGAAAAAAGUAUUAAGUCUGCUAAUAAAAAAUAUAUAAUCUGAA